UGUUUGAAGUUACGAUGGCGGCUACGAAAAAUGGCCUCCAAAUCUGAAAUCGUUAGGAUAACAUACAAAGAACUGGAGUCUUCUGUUCAAGAUAAAGACAGAUCACAUCGAUAUACCGACAAAAGUAGCAAUGAUGAAGCGCAAAAAAAGAGAAGCAAGAGGCCCACAAGGGGUAUAUAUCAGCCUCCAAGACGGUCCCCUAAGGUGCUAGACAACACGGGAAGGGGUUCUCAGGGGGAGAACUGGGAUGAUGAGGAAAUUCCUAGUUCUGCAGAAAGCAAGGAGAACAGCUCUGAGCGAGAGAUUGAUGAUGUGAGUUCAAAUCUGAAAGACCUACAUCUUAGCAGAGAAAAUUUUGAUCCAAAGAAACAACGGUCAAAAAGGCCCGAAAUUCAAAGAUAUGUCCCUAAGGGCAGGAUACUGGAACAACAAACCAAAGAUGAUGAUGUCUCCGAGUCAGAAACUAAUGUGGAUGUUUCUCCACGAAAAAUUGAUUUGAAAAAUGACCAACAAGACUUGAAAGUGACAGUGGUGGUGAAUGAAGGGGCAUCAUCCCCUGCCCAGCCCAGUGUUGGAGCAAAACCUGAGCCUAAGCUUCCUCCAAAUCCCCAUAAUCCACUGGACAGAACAACUAAGGGGGAAUCUCCCAAAAGACUACAGUCAAAGACAGACACUGGAAACCAGUCCAGGGGAGGUCAAUCUGGUCCGCAAUCCAAUAAACCAAGGCAUCAGAGAGACAGUGAAAAUAAACCAAAGAGUGGUGGAAGGAAUUCUGAAGAGAAAAGGUUUGGAGGUGGAGAGGCUGCUCAGAAAAAGGGACCGCAACACAGUGGGCACAGUGGGCCUGGUCAAGGCAAGCAAUAUGAUAGAGGUAGCCGUGAUAAUGAGUUCAGGAGGGGGGAGUCUAAAAGAGGGGGAUUUGGUAGAGGGAGAGAUAACAAGAGAGGUGGCUGGCAGGAGGAAGAACCUAAACCUCAAAGACAGCCUAGAGAGAGGAGAGACAGGGUGGCAGAGAGUAGUGGGAGUGACCAGAAGAAAGCGGACAGUGCUGAAAGGGAGCAAGGCAUGAAAGACAUCAUACCAACCAUGGUGUUUGAGAGAAAGAAUGGGAGUAAUUCUCCUGCGGAAUCUGAAAACUCCAAACAGGUCCAAGUCACAUCAGGUAGUAAUAAUGGGAAUGGUAAGCCUGGAUCUAAGAGGUAUUCACUGUCAGCCAUGAGGCGUCCAAGAGCAGGCAGCAUCAGCAGUGAUGUAAGCAAUACAAGUGAUCUCAGUAUGGAUGAAGAGACCACAAACCGAAUUCUGGAUUGGAGUGUGGAAGUAGAGAGAGAAAUGGCAGAACAAAUUCAAGAUGAAACUCCAAAGCUGCAGGAAUAUCUGGAUCAGAAAGGUGGAUUUAAUGACUGGGAUGGAGCCAUAGAAACAGUGGAUAAAGCCAGGCAAGCUUUAGAAAGAGGUCAGCAGAUGCAGAGAUCUGGCGAGGAAAGAGGCUAUGGGAAGCAGGGAAACAGGCAAUAUGGGAAUACCAAAAAUUUUAAAAAUGACAGAAAUUAUCAGGAUAGUCACAAGGAGUAUGAAAAUGGUUUCAGACAAAGGAGAAAUAGUGAUGGGGCAAGGAGUCGAAGGAAAGACAGACACAGGAAAGGAUCCAGUGCUGGAAGACGUAGUCGUGAUUCCAGUGUGUCCAGCGCUCACAGUGUCAGGAGCUACCACACAGAAGAUGAUAUGUAUGGAACAGACACAUGGCCCAGAAGAAGGAACCGUAGAAGGGGCAGCAAUGCCAGUUUGAAGGAAUCUCGCAGCAAGGAAGUUCUAAAUGAUCCAACCAGUUUAAAUCUGAAAGUGACAUUUGCAAGGGAUGAAAAAAGACAGGUUUUGAUGAAGGAUAGAGAAAGUCCUAAGGGGAGAGGGCGGGGCAGGGGGCGGGGUCACAGAGAGGACAGAGAGGAUGUCAAUGUGGGCAAACACUCAGACAAUUAUCAUAGGAAAGGGUUUGAAGAUAAGCAGGGAGGACGUAAUGGAAGAGCUUCAGGGAAUGAAUUUCGACAACGAAGAACCUCAGGCGAUAAAAGAGAUGGCUAUGGUCACUAUGAGACAAAAGGUGGAAGAGAGUAUGACCAUAGAUAUGAUCGCAGAAAUUUUGGAGGACAUCAGACAGAGAGAGAGCGAAGAAAAAGUCCUGAAAGUACUGCACAUGGUGGGGGAAUAAUAAAACUCCCCACUAACACAGACACUUCAGAAACCCAUCCUCAAGGCCAGAGCAGUAAACAGCAUGUUGAGUUCCACACUUCAGGGCACAGAGGAGAAAGAAACCGACUUGCCCCCAGAGAAACCCAUUCUCAUGGAAAUACAGGGCAGAGAAUGUUAUUUGAUCCUAAAAAUCCAGAAAAGAUGAUAGUGGUGCCAGGACCUGCCCCCUCUACCCCUACUUCUCAACUCAAAUUUAAGGACCCCUCUGGUUCAGAAUCUCCCCAAUCUCCCCCCUCACAGCAACACCCCUUGAUGCCCCCUCCUGGAGGUUUUCCCACAAUGCCUUCCCAGUAUAGAGGCUACCCUCCAUUUUAUGGAGGCUAUGAUCCUCGCUAUCCGGACCCUAUGUAUGGGGGAGCUCCAAUGCCUGGCCCUCCAAUGCCUGGCUAUUACUAUGGAUAUCCAGGGAUGUACCGAGAAAACCCAAUGUUCAGGGAGGAUAAUGCUGAAUUUCCAGGGGAUGGUGAAAUUGACCCUAUGUAUGCAGGCAGAUCUAGAGCCCAGUGCAGGAUGAUGGCUGAGCACAUGUUUCAGGAGGCAUGUCAUAUGGACUCUCAGCUCUCUGAACUUGUGUCCAGACGACAGUCUGCUGACACCUUACAGCAUGUGUAUAGGCUAAGACAUGAACUGCAGCAGAAGUUGGAGCACAUAAUUCUGCUGGAUGUGGAGGUGGCCAGUAAACACAAUGCAGAGCAGCUGCUGUGGAAGUCUGUGUACUACCAGGUGAUAGAGAUGUUCCGGCGACAGCUGUCAGAGGACAAGGAGGGGGAGGGGCCCAAAACAGAACUCUCCAAAAUCCUGGACGAGGGCACCACAUUCUUUGACAAGCUACUGGAGAAACUGCAGCAGAAGUAUGGCUUUGAUGUGGAGGAUUACAUGGAGUCCAGCCUGGCCUCUCAGGAGAACCAGAGUCGCCAUGUCAAGCUGGCCAUCCUCUCCAUCCAGAGGCUCAUGAUCAACCUCGGCGACAUCGCCCGCUACCGCGAGCAGAUGAACCACAGCGGAAAGGUUAACUAUGGGCGGGCUAGAAGUUGGUACACCAAAGCUCAAAUGUUGGCUCCCAAGAAUGGACGUCCAUACAACCAGCUGGCAAUUCUUGGCCUCUACACAAGGAGGAAGCUAGAUGCAGUGUAUUACUACAUGAGGAGUCUCGCCGCCAGUAAUCCUUUCCUUACAGCCAGGGAGGGUCUUCUCAAUCUGUUUGAUGAAGCCAGGAAAAAGGUCUUAGCUGUUGAGCAGAAGAAGGAAGAGGAAAGAGAAAAAGUGAAAAAGUUGGCUCCACAAAAACCUCACCAUGGUCAGCGAAUAGAAAUCUGGGUCUCACCAGAUGGGACAAGCUCUGAAGGAAAGACAGAGGACAAAGAUGAGGAUGACCUUGACAAACUGGAGGCUGUAGAGCUGAAUAAAAGAUUUAAUCUGAGCUUCCUUAAUGUCCAUGGAAAGCUGUUUACGAAAGUAGGGCGGGAGAACUUCCCAGAAUGCUGUGGACAGAUGCUGAAAGAGUUCCAGGCUUUGCUGCGCUACGGAGCUUUGCCACCUACCAGACUUAUACAGCUCAUGGCCAUCAAUAUGUUUGCUAUAGAAAACACAGCACUGAAAGAUCCGUCGAUGGCAGAAGAUUUCCGAUCAGAGCUCCAGGAACACGCAGUACAGUUAGGAUUGGACAUGUUCGGGAUUCUCCUGGACUGCUGUGCAGGGGAGUUAAAUAAGCACUUGGCCUCUUCUGACUACCCCAGCCACAUGUUUAGUCGGGAGCUUGAGGAGCUGAUUCCCGGGGUGAAGAAGUGGACCGACUGGAUGCUGGCCAACCUGAAGCUGUGGAACCCACCCCCUUCUCUCAGGGACACCGCACUUGGGCCAGGUGUGGAUGUGUGGAAAGUGACUGCAAAGUUUGCCAACAUUCUGAAAGAUGUGGACGUCAGUCAUGUCAAGUUAUAUGAGGACAGGAGAGAGGGCUGUGAGCCGGUUGUUUUGUUUGAGGACACCAUGCUAUCUGGAUUUGUUCCCCUCAUGAGUGCCCCAUUAAAACUGGCUUUUGUCCAUAGCACUGUAGACAAGGACAUAGCCAGGGACUGUUUGCGUAUUCAGGUUCUACAGGAGUUUGCCGAUUACCUCUGUGGGGUGGAGCCACCUAUGCUGGAGUUUGAUGUGGCCAAGAAAGAGUACUACUCAGUGGCACCCUCUACCGACUAUAGCGAGGCUCCCCAUGGGGACCUGCCAUCAGAUUCAGACGAGGAAGCUGAAGUGAUCGUUGAGAGUGAGGAAGAAGUUGCAGAGGAGGCAGAGGGAGAUGAACAUGUACGUCACCUGAGGCAGAAGAAGGAGGAGCUCAGUAAGAGGAAGGAACAGAAGCUGCGAGACAAGGAGAACAUUCAGAAACUGAUAGAAAAGGAUCGGCAUCGCUGCAUUGAGCUCGAGAUUCAUCCUAUUUUCUUGAUCCCAGACACCAAUUGUUUUAUAGAUCACUUUUCCAGUCUCAAACAACUCAUACAGUUGAAGAAAUAUACAGUGGUUGUACCACUUAUAGUUAUCAAUGAAUUGGAUGGCUUAGCAAAAGGCAGCAAGGAGGGGCAGUAUGACUCAACAGAACAGGCAACCAAAGUUAGAGAAAGAUCGAAACAGACAGUGGAAUUUCUGGAGGAAGAGUUUGAAAAGAAGAAUUCCCAUGUGAAGGCUCUGACCUCCAAGGGAAAUGUCCUAGAAACAAUUUCAUUUAGGAGUGAGGAAGGGGACUCGAGUGGGGGAAUCAAUGACGACAUCAUCCUAUCUUGUUGUCUUCACUACUGCAAGGACAAAGCCAGAGAAUUCAUGCCGAAAGACAAAGAUGCCCCAGUGAGGUUAUACAGGGAAGUAGUGUUGCUGACAGAUGACAGAAACCUCCGACUGAAGGCCCACACCUGUAAUGUACCUGUGAAGGAUGUCCUGUCCUUCCUCAAGUGGAGCAAGAUCACCUGAAGAGAGCACCCCAAGGAUUGAAGCAUGAGCACUGAUGGGAGACCAUCCUCUAGAGAAUCAGUCUAGUUGGUCAGCUAUGACCGUCGACUAACGUCCUUUAUAUAGUGUGAACAAUUUGUCUGUCCGGCUUGUGUUCAAUGUCACAACAGCCUACAUCAGAAACAUAAUAUUUGGAGCAGCUACGUAAUACUGAACGGAAAUUUUGUCUUUCCCCAGCUUAACCCAAACCAGUUUGAAGGAAUACCUCAACGCGGGAUGUUGAUUCUAAUUUUACAUAGAGAAAGCUGUAGCUCGAGUGAGGCUUUGAGGAUGUGAUUGAUUCCCUCGGCUUUUUUUCUGUUAACUGUGAAUUAUUUGAACUGAUGUGACAGUGAGUGUUUAGACUGCAUGGACAGUGAGUUUCAUAUUAAACUGAAUUCUAUUGAUAAAAUGUGACACUUGUUAUUUCCCAACUAAAAGUUGCAAAUAUUUCAGUGAUAAUGGGAAUUUAUUCUGUGUUUGAUUUCAACAAACUGGAAUAUUUCAACCUUGAAAAAGCCAUGGGAAAAAAAAGGCUUUUAUAUCUUGAAAUUUUUUUUUUCAGAACUACUAAGUAGUUUGGAGUGAAAUAUUACCAGCAAUGUAAACAAUUCAAGUUUUAAAGAUUUUAUCUUUUUGUAAGUUAAAGCUUUAAAUUUCGUUUUAUGGGACUCAGCUUUGUAGCUUUAAGUGUCAUUCUUUUUCAGUUCUUCAUAGCUCAUUGUAGAUGGUUUUACUUGUAUCUUUGUUAGUUGAGUUGUAAAUAUUUGUGGUAAAUAUUUAAUUUAAAAAUGUGUACUAUUUCAUAAAGGUACAUCUGGAUAUUAAGAGAAGAAUUCUUUGUUAUGUAAUGUUAAAACAUCGGACAAAGACGAGCUAGAACGAUUAGUUUCAGAGGAACUUGAUAGUUUUUAAUGGAAGAAAGCAACAAAGCCUUUUCACUACUUAUGUCUGCUACAAGAAGAGUUUCAAAUGUAGAGUUAAUGAUUUGGUUUGUUACAAAUCUUGCUGAAUUCAUCUCUACCUAAGUGUUUUGUGUUUAAUAGCAGCUUGGAUCAGUUGUUAAGAGUUUGUAAAGAUCUUUCAUCAUACAGUGAAUACAUAUAGCUUUAUCAUGUGAAGGGUGAUAGGUCAGUAAAGUCAGCAGCCUCUAUCUCAUUACAGACAUUGUAUUGUUGCAGUAUAAAUUUUGUUGUUUUCAUCAUUGACUGGUUUUGUGAAUUGAUUAGUAGACAAUUGGUUUUCAUAGUUGGAUUGAUGAUACCCACUUGCUAUUAACGGUUUUACUGUACUUCAUUGCAUUUUUAAUAGUUUUGACUUUGUGUGUAGUGUUUCUUUGUUUCUACAUAGCACCCUCAUUUAUUUCAAACAGUCCUGGAAACUUGGUUUGAGAUUUCUGUCUGCCAUUUGUAAAUUUUAGAUGAAGGAUUUCUUUCAUGAAAUUUAUAAUGGAGGGUCCCUCAUCCCUUGCUGUGUCUGGUGUUUUAAUUGUUAAUGAUAGCUCUUGGUUUCACCUUCCAGUUCCAUGUAUUGCACCUCUCCACCAUCUCCAUGUUAUACCAAGCCUUCAUGGAGGAACUUUAUAUAUUAUUGCACCGGAUUGUUCCUUGAUAUUACCUCAUGAAACGGUUACCUGUACAAUUUUUGUUUUUUAACAAAUGAAUAUUUUUUUAAAACUUCAUUGUAUUUUAAUGUCUGGAGACAACAUCAAACCUUUGGAACAUACUUGAUUGCAAUGCUAUUCAGCAAUCUGUGUCUAAAUUCUAUGAAUUUUUUAAAAAAUACUUUGAAUAUAAAGUUUAAGACCAAUAGAAUUGCUUUCUGUACAGAACGUGUAUGAACGAACACAGCAGUCAGUAAUAUCCUGACACUGGUUUUUCAGUGAAGUGCUACUGAUCUAUAUUAUCAUUGUUUUUCGGUUUUCAUUAGUUUUUUUGUCAUUUAGCACAUAUCAUAUUGAACUUAGAAAUGAUAUAAUCAUAAUGAAUAAAUCAAAUGAAUUAU